AUGUCUCGUCGAGCUGAUCCUCUCGACUGCAAAGUCUAUGUUGGUGGACUACCACAGGAUGCUACUUCGCAAGAGCUCGAGGAUGCAUUCAAUCGUUUCGGUCGUCUUCGUAAGGUUUGGGUGGCUAGACGUCCGCCUGGAUUUGCGUUCGUUGAGUUCGAGGACAGUCGCGAUGCUGAAGACUCCGUAAGAGCACUGGAUGGAACGCGCAUUUGCGGUGUACGAGCUCGUGUGGAGCUCUCCCACGGACGCAGACGUAAUCCGGGAGGAUAUGGCGGUGGAGGCUAUGGAGGACCGCCACGUCGUCGCUCAAGGUUUGCCACUUUGAAAGAGAUUCUGCAACAACUUCGUAACCGUAAGAUGUUGCCUUGA